CAUUGGCUGGGAGGGAAAUGCGUCUCAGGCGUUCAUGGUGGGAUGGGUAUGCGUUGCGGUCUUUAUUUGGUCUAUUGAGGGAGUGAGGGUUCAGCACUCCGGGCUCUAUCUCGUGCGGAUAUACGUCUCGCCGCAACGCGGAUAAUGGGGCUCUAUAGAGAACGAGGGGCUCAUCGGCGGAAAUGCACGCCGACUAACCAGGGGAGACCUUAUUGCUCCACCGUAUUAUUUUUUGACCUGCCUUGGGUAUCAUCCCUCCUUUUCUUCCCCUUAGAUGGUCUUAUGAAGCUGCAUAUCGUUAACAUAUUGCUUCCCACGUCUCUUAGAUGCUUUCCCGUCCUCUGCACCAGCAUAUCUAUCUGAAGCCGAGAAUCGCCACCCUCUUCCUCGGUAAGUUU